GAUCCAUUUUCAUCAUCCUAAUUCCUUGUUAUCAUCUCUCAAUUGCUGCAAAUUUUUAUUUCUUCAAGUUUAGCAUUUCAAUUCCGUCUCAAGAAAAUCAAACAAAACUCAAGUUGCCAUUUUUUUCCCGAGAUGAAGAUCGAGGAUUUGGAUGACGUGGAGAAUGAUCGGUUAAAAGACGUGGAUUACGGCGCGAAGCAGUUGCAGAUAGUUAGAGUCGACGAUGCGAAGCGAGUCCUAGUCGGAGCGGGUGCUCGGAUCCUUUUCUACCCGACCCUUUUGUACAAUGUCUUCAGAAACAAAAUCCAAUCCGAGUUCAGAUGGUGGGACGAAGUUGACCAGUUUCUUUUGCUGGGGGCUGUUCCGUUUCCCGGGGAUGUUCGACGGUUGAAGCAGUUGGGCGUUGGCGGGGUCAUCACUCUCAAUGAGCCUUUUGAAACUCUGGUCUCCACUUCUUUAUAUCAUGCGCACGGAAUUGAUCACCUAGUGAUUCCAACGAGAGAUUAUUUAUUUGCUCCUUCAGUUUCAGAUAUCAGCAGAGCUGUGGACUUCAUUCAUAAGAAUGCUUCGUGUGGCAGAACCACCUACGUGCACUGUAAAGCUGGACGAGGAAGGAGUACCACUAUUGUGCUUUGCUACCUGGUAGAGCAUAAGCAGAUGACGCCUGCCGGUGCCCUCGAAUAUGUUCGGUCUCGAAGACCUCGAGUUUUGCUUGCCCCCUCACAGUGGAAGGCAGUUGUGGAGUACAGCAUGCGCCGACAACUGGCUUCCACCAUACACUCUCCUUCAGCAGAUGCAGUUAUGAUUACAAAAGCAGAUCUUGAAGGUUAUCAUAGUACUUUUGAUAAUAUUACCACUGGUAAGGAGCUUGUAAUCCUUCCAAGAAUGGUGAGUUCCAGCCCGAUGAUAACAAGAUUGUCAUGCCUUUUAGCACCAUUCAAAGUUUCUGGUGUUUUCGGACCUGUAAGUGGGAGGCUUCAUGAAGAACGCGCUUGCUGAGUCCGCCGCUCCUAGAAAACCUUGUCAGAAAAA